UCCUUCCCAGCAGGGGAGUGUUUCAAAGAAAGGAGUGAAUGAUAAGAGACGACUGAAAGGAAAGAGAGAGAUCAUAAAGAGUUAAAAGAUGCAGAGAGAUGCAGAGGGCAAGACAAUAACAGAGUGAACGGAGCAGAAGAAGAGAAAUUCAGCCGGCAAUAUUGUAUACACAGAAGACAGACCAACAGAGGAUUUUGCUGCAACACUGACCUGAGCAGGAUUAUAUUACACUGCACACACACAAACACACACGUAUGCAGAGGUGUGUGAUGCUGACAUCAGGUAGACACUAUUUGUGUGUGUGAUAUUUCUGAGCAGAGCACGCAGAGAGAGAGAGAGAGAGUGUGUUUACUCUGUGCUAGAGUCGCAUAGUGUGUGUCAGACAGCCAUGAGGAGGAUGCUGGCUCUCUUCUGCUUAGUUUUACUGGCGGCACCUUUAACGGACGCAUGGAGACCAUCACAACCACGACUGCACUUCCAACACUCAGAGCUGGUGCGGAGCGGCAGGCUUAUGUCUCUUUCUGUGCCUGCUGGGGAUCUGAACUCUCUGCUGCCGGAUGAAGAUGGUCGUCGUCUUUACAUCGGUAUGAAAGACCAUCUGCUGUCCACCAGCCUGGAUGAUAUUACUCAAACCCCCCGCAAGAUAUAUUGGCCUGCAAGUUCAGAUCAGAUCCAGAACUGUAUCAUGGCUGGAAAAAACCUGCAGACGGACUGUGCUAACUUCCUGCGUGUGUUAGAGCUGUAUAACCAAACACAUCUUUACGCCUGUGGGACAGGAGCGUUCAACCCUCGCUGUGCCUUCAUCCCCACCAAACUCUUCCUCAGGGCCGAGGAACAAAUGCUGCAGUAUGAAGAUACUGAAUCAGGGAAGGGAAAAUGUCCUUAUGACCCUCACCAGAGAACAGCUACCGCCAUCAUAGACGGAGAGCUGUACGCUGGCAUUUCGUCUGACUUUCUAAGUCAUGAUACUGCUUUUAUUCGGAGUCUGGGGGAGCGACAUGUGAUUCGCACCGAACAAUAUGACUCUACAUGGCUGCAAGGCGCUGAUUUUGUACACGUUGCAGCGAUGUCAGAGAGUGAUAAUGAGGAGGAUGAUAAGGUCUACGUGUUCUUCACUGAGCGCGCUCAGGAGGUGGAAGGUGCUGCUGGGAAGGUCCUCUAUUCUAGAGUCGCCCGCGUCUGCAAGAAUGAUAUUGGUGGUCAGCGUAGUUUGGUUAAUAAAUGGAGCACCUUUCAGAAAGCUCGUAUUGUUUGCUCAGUACCAGGACCUGACGGCAUACACACACACUUUGACAAACUCCAGGAUAUUUUCAUUCAGCAUGGAAAGGACAAAAAGAAUCCCCUCAUCUAUGGGCUCUUCACCACUACCAGCAAUGUCUUGAAUGGAUCCGCUGUGUGCGUUUACCGCAUGCAGGACAUUAUUAGAGCUUUUAAAGGGAAUUUCCUUCAUAGGGAAGGUCAACAGUACAAGUGGACGGAGUAUACAGGCAGAGUUCCCUAUCCCAGACCUGGCACAUGUCCCAGCAGCACAUAUGGAGGGUUCAAAUCAACAAGAGAAUAUCCUGAUGAAGUCAUCUUCUUCAGCCGCACACAUCCUUUAAUGCAGGAAGUCGUUCAUCCUCUUGGAGGUCAUCCUUUGCUCAUCAGAGUGGGCGUGCCUUAUAAAUUGACCCGCCUUCUUGUGGACAGAGUGGAGGCGGUGGAUGGACAAUAUGAUGUGCUGUUCAUUGGCACAGAUUCUGGCCUUGUUCUGAAAGCGAUUCACCUCCCUAAAGCCAACGGAGAGAAUCAGGAGAUCACUCUAGAACAGCUGCAGGUUUUUAAGAACAAGUCACCAAUCACUGCCAUGACGCUGUCCAAGAAAAAGCAGUGGCUGUUUGCUGGUUCAGCAGAGGGUGUGGUUCAACUUGGUCUGUUCCACUGCGAUUUGUAUGGCCAAGCCUGCGCUGAAUGCUGUCUUGCUAGAGACCCAUACUGCACCUGGGACGGCCACUCUUGCAGCCCUUACAUGCCGAAUGCACGCAGAAGAAACAUUCGCCAGGUUAACGAUGACGGCAACCCGCUGAACCAGUGUGUCAGACAGGGAGCUGGUCUUCAGGUGGAGGCAGAGGAGAAGACACAAGUUGUUGCCGUGGGUAACAGCACCUACCUGGAGUGUCUACCUAAAUCUCACCAUGCCACAGUCACCUGGUUUAAAGACAUAGGCGAAAACAGCUUGGAGCAACAUAAGGUCACAUCUGGGGAGCAGCUGGUUGUCAUUGACAGGGGCAUCCUCAUUCCCCGGGCUGAGCUCAAUCAUGGCGGCGUUUACCAUUGUCAACUAGAAGAGCAUGGAUUCCGCUGGACGGCCGUUACUGUUCGUUUAAUUGUGUGGAGCUCCGCCUUGCACCCCACCCUUGUCACCGCCCAGCCAUGGUACCAAGAUGUGAUGGCACUGAUCAACCACAGCAAACUGGAGCGACACUGCAAAGAACUCAGUCAGCGUCACAACGACAAGGAAUCAGGGAAUCACAAACGUAACAAACAGAACAGAAAGAGAGCAGACCACCACAGGCACAGAGGAGGGGGAGAGAAGGAGAAAGGAAGGGGGCGGAAGAAUCGAAGCCGAAUGCAGGGUUCAGCACAGAGGCUGCCGAGGAGCGCAUAAAAAACAAUCACAGGUGUUUACAAAGCUGCUCAAAACAAAAGAAUACAACAAAACAUGCAAUAUACAGUAUAUACUCAGUACAUUCAUGUAUACAUCAUAUUAACAGACAUUUGCUUUGUUCCAAAACCUAAUGAGCUGCCUACAUGCAACAGCAUUUUCAAGCAUCAAGCUCAAAAAAUACAUGCAAGAUUCUUGCGAGAAAAAGGCAGAAUUGCACGUUUUUAUAUCUCAGUUGAGACUUUUUUUCCCGUAAUUGUGAGAUAUAAACUAACGAUUCAGACUUUUUUCUUAGAAUUGUGUGAUAUAAACUCACAGUUGCUGGAAAUAAAGUCUGGUUUAUUUAAUGAGAUUCUGCCUUUUUCACAAUUCGCAAAUGUUUUUUCUCAGAAUUGUGAUAUAAGCUCGCAAUUGCAAGUUCUAAAGUCAGAAUUACAUAAUAUAAACUCAAAAUUUUGAGUUCUAAAGUCAGAAUUGCGAGAUAUAAACUAACAAUUGUGGGAAAUAAAGUCAGAUUCUGCCUUUUUCGCCAUUCGCAAUUCUAACUGUUUUUCUCGCAAAAGCGAGUUUAUAUCUCACAAUUUUGACUUUUUUCUCAGGAUUGUGAUAUAAACUCACAAUUACAACUUAUAAAGUCAGAAUUACUUGAUAUAAACUCGCAAUUAUGAGUUAUAAAGUCAGAAUUGCGAGAUAUAAAUAACAAUUCUGACUUUUUUUCUCCGAAUUGCGUGAUAUAAACUCACAGUUAUGAGAAAUAUUCAGAAUUGUGAGAUUCUGCCUUAUUCGCAAUUCUGACGUUUUUUUUUGCAAAUGCGAGUUUUUAUCUCACAAUUCAGACUUUUUUCUCAGAGUUGUGAGAUAUCAGCAAUUGCGAGUUAUAAAGUCCAUUUUUUUAUUUUUUUUUUAAGGUCUAUUUUUGGUAUUUUUUGCCUUUAUUGUGAUAGGACAGAUCAGAAUUGACAGGAAGUGAAGUGAGAGAGAGAGUGGGGGUGGGAUCGGGAAAGGUCCUCGAGUCGGGAUUCAAAACACAAGACGCCCUGAGCGCAAUGGAACUGUACGUCGGCGCGCUGCCCACAAGGCUAUCGGUGCCAACGUAAAGUCCAAUUUUGAGGGGAAAAAGUCAAGUCAAGUCAAGUCACCUUUAUUUAUAUACCGCCUUUAACAAUACAGAAUUGUGAAAAAAAGACUGAUAUGUUCUUAGAACUUCGAGUUUAUAUCUCACAAUUUUCAAUUGCGUGUUACAAAGUCAGAAUUGCGUGUUUAUGUAUAUAAACGCACAAUUCUGAGAAAAAAAGUCACAUCUGUGAGAUAAAAAAAAAAAGUCUUUAUUUCUUCAAACUGUGACAAAAGUAUUAAUUAGCACAAGUGUUUUUAAAAUGGACAGUAAUAAGAAAUGUUAUCUGAGCAGCAAAUCAGCAUAUUAAAAUGAUUUCUGAAGGAUCAUGUGACACUGAAGACUAGCUGAAGGCUCAGCUUUGCCAUCACGUGAAAAAAUUACAUUAAUAAAAUAUUUAAAUAUUUAUUUAUUAAUUUUACCAUAUUUCUUAGGUCGAAUAAUUGCAGCCUUAGUGAGCGUGAGACUUUUUUUUUUUUACCAUUUUGUAACAUUUUACCAAAUAUUUCAUGUGUGCUAUGAAAUGCUAACUGAAAAUUUAAUUGACCCUUCGCAUAGACCCUUUCUCCUUAGUUACUGUUGCUAUGUCUGACAAGCCAUGGUGCUCUUACUGCAAGUGUUGCCAAUUCCGUGCUUUUACCGCACUGUUACCGUGGGUUGUUUUUCAUGUCCGCGGGUUAAAGUGACCCCAGUAAUGUGGUCAGAAAAAAAAAAUGUGUCUUUUACCCAAACGUGACUGGGCUAGUACAUGAAUAUUCAUGUGUUGUCCAGAGCUGUAGAGUGUUUCAAAUCUCUUCAGUGUUCAGUGACAAGUUAAAUGCUGUCUGUGUAGGCACUGAGGCAGCUCAGUAGGUUUUGGAACAAA